UAUAAGAAGAUAAGGUUUCAUCCUAACAGUGUGCAAAUCGUGGCUCCGCCCACCUUCUGUGACGUCAUCACGCAAGCGUCGUGACGUUGCUGUUUCGUGUCCUAUGGUCGCGGCAAGCUAGCAAGCAGUUCUGUCACUUUGCUGCCUGGAGGAAGGAACCCAUGAGCAGGGAGGAUUAACAAGAAGACCACCAUGGUGCUGAACCCUGUCAUUUCCAAGCUCUCCGGAAAACUGGUUGUGCUGGCAAGUGCUUCUCCUAGGAGACUGGAGAUUCUCAGCAAUGCGGGCUUACGGUUUGAGGUGGUACCAUCAUGGUUCAAAGAAACUCUCGACAAGGGACUUUUCAAAGCCCCUCAUGAGUAUGCUGUAGAGACGGCCAAACAGAAGGCCCUGGAGGUGGCCAGGAGGAUGCCCUUUAAACACCUGAAGACUCCGGACAUAGUGAUUGGAGCAGACACUAUUGUGACUGUAGAUGGCAUGAUUCUGGAGAAGCCAGCGGACAAAGAUGAUGCUUACAGGAUGCUGUCAAGCUUGAGCGGUAAAGAGCACAGCGUCUUCACUGGUGUCGCUCUUGUCCUCUGCCAUGAGAAAGAAAACGAAGUGGAUUACCAGUUGAUUGAAUUCUACGAAGAAACAAAGGUGAAGUUUGCUGAUCUCUCAGAUAAUAUGCUGUGGGAGUACAUCAAUAGCGGUGAACCCAUGGACAAGGCUGGAGGCUACGGUAUCCAGGCUCUCGGUGGAAUGCUGGUGGAGUACGUCUAUGGAGACUUCCUUAAUGUUGUGGGUUUCCCCCUCAACCACUUCUGCAAACAGCUGGACCUUAUUUACAACCAAUGCGCCUCCUCCUCGGAUCAGGAGAGCACGUCCGUCCAGCUGAUCCACAUCGGCGCUCAAACUACCUCGGUGCUCACACAGCCCCCGCCCAACCUGCAAGCUAAAUCCACCCACAGUCCCAGCUCCCCCGCCAAACACAAUCCCACACUCACCUCCAGCCUGAACUCUUCAGCCGGUCCCCUCCAGGAGGUGAAAAAGAACGGCAGUGAAAGUGAAGCUAAUGGGAGAUCCUGGACAUUGGUGAACAGCCUGUCUAAACACACAGAGGAUAGAGAGGGUUUGCUGAGAGACUCUGAUAAUACAACAGUACCGCCUGUGACCAGCAGAGGGCAGGUGAUUGAGCUCAAUGUGAUGGAGCAGGAGGACAGUGAGCCGAAAACAGAAGACUUGCAGCGAAUUAUUGAUCUGAUGGAUGGAUUCAAAGCCUCAAAGGCACUGUUUACCGCAUCCAAGAUGUGUGUGUUUGACCUGCUACAAAGCCGGCCAGGGCUGGACGCAGUGCAGGUGGCCGGGGAGAUCAAAGCCUCUGUGAAGGGCACCGAGUGCCUGCUAGAAGCCUGUGUGUCUCUGGGACUGUUGAGGAGCAGAGAGAGAACGUGCCAGAAGCCGGCGUUCGAGAACACCGAUCUGGCCACUCACUUUCUGCUGACGGAUGCUGCCUGCUCGCUGCGGGGCUACAUCCAGCGUUGUGACGACACCAUGUGGCCUCUCUUCUCCCAUCUUGAAAGCGCUGUGCGGGAGGGGGCCAGCCAGCGUGAACGGGCUUCUGGCAAGACAUCCAAUGAUAUGAUUCAGGAUACUCACAACAGCAGUCAAGAGGUCAAACUGAGAUUCAUGAAUGCCAUGCACAGCAUUGCUAAAGUAACAGGAAAAGCUGUAGCAACAGCCUUUGACCUCUCCAGGUUUAAAACUGCUUGCGACCUCGGAGGAUGCACUGGUGCCAUGGCCUAUGAGUUUACCAAAGCCCAUCCCGGGUUGUCUGUAACAGUGUUUGACCUGCCAGCAGUGGUUGAAAUGAGUGAGCGUUUCCAUCCUCUGCACAAAGACAACAGGGUUUCAUUUGUAGCAGGAGACUUCUUUAAAGACGAGCUGCCCAAAGCAGACUUGUACAUCCUUGCGAGAGUUCUCCAUGACUUGCCCGAGGAGAAAGUUCAUAUUCUGCUGAGUAAAAUCGCAGAUUCCUGCACACCAGGCUGCGGACUCCUGCUGAGUGAGAUCUUCCUGGAUGAGGACAGAGGCGGCCCGAGGCGCUGCCUGCUCCAGUCCCUCAGCAUGAGCGAGGGGAGGCAGAGGAGCGCGACGGAGUACGGUCUGCUUCUGAAGAGCCAUGGGUUCAUAACGGCACACGUCAGACACACGGACAGCCUCCUGGAUGCCAUGCUCUGCAUCAAAGCAUGACCGACGACUGCCUCGACAACACUGUAUUGAAGGUCUACACUGUGGGUAACCUUUUGGCAAAAAUCAAGGACUUAGGUCAGGAAUGUUUUCAUGAGGAAGUGUGAGUCUGUAAAGAAGCCUCUGUGAAUCAAGUGAACAAAGAAUCAGUUCAUGUUUGAGUUAUUGGGACACAAAGCAGAGAGAAUAUAUUUUUUUUGUACAAGCAUUCUGUAAUUUCCCUGUGCUCUCAGGUCUUGAACAUGUCUUCUGUUGGGCCUUAGGAUGUACUGCGCUCAUAGCCGUGACCGCGUUGGACAGACACACGGUCCGCUGUGCCCUGCAGUCUCUGAACAUGCUCGGCCAGACUGAGGGGAUAGAGAGGACAAAGAGCCUGUUCGCUCUCUAUGCCUUUUAUUACCUAUAAUAUGUAUCAUCUGAAUCGUGCACACGAAUGCUCCUGUUUUUCAUUCAUUCCUUUUAUUUGUGUUUGUUCAGUUCUGGCCUUUUGAUCUGUGGUUGGAAAAAGUAAUGAGAACCUUUACUUUAAGUCAAAGUAGUAAUGCCACAAUAGGUAUUUCAAAAGUUGACUUAAGCCAAAGAACAUAAGUAUAAUCAGGAAAAUGAAAUUAAGCACAAAAAGUAAAAUAUCUCGUAAUGAAGGAUGGUGGUUUGAAUAAUGCUAUUAAAAUUGGAUGAUUAUUUCUGAUUUAAUUAAGUUGUAUGUUGAUUUAUCAGGUUAAGGUGGAGCUCAUUUAAAAAGAUAAUCAAUUAUUUACGAAUUAUUAAUGCAAAUUUCCCUGCUGCGGGACUAAUAAAGGAUUAUCUUGUCUUAUCUUAUACAAAUUAUUAAAAUAUUUGUUUUAGUCCAAAAUCUUUCUGUGGUUGGAGUGCAGCUUUCCUCGUUCACCGUGGUCACAUGGAUGUCUGCUGUGGCCGGAGGGUUCAUCCUGCCUGGUAAACACUCUGAAGUGUCACGUCACGCUGAUGCAAUCUGGAUGCAACGGGAGAAAGAUGAUCAACGAAGAAGUCAAAUCCAAGCAGCGUCACUGUCUUGAGUGUCACUGUCAUUUUUUCAUACGCUGUUGACAUGACUUCACGUUUACUUCAACUCUGUAGGGGGCCGGAGGACGAGGAUGAGGGUGGGUUAGCCUUUUUCAAACCGAGCGAACUCCGAGGCAUGGGGGGGGCAUUCGUCUAAACACGGCAUACACUACUGCCACAUUUGGCCUACUCUGUCAUAAUUGCUCCUGAUGAUCAAACUGAUGACUACUUAUUCCUCUGACGCUAAUCUACCCCCAAAUCAGAGCUGCAGAGAAAACACUUUGCUUGUCAUGGUGUUUUUUACCUACAGUAGACCCGGCUUAGAGACAUUUGAUACUCUAGAAAUGGAACCCAAAUAUUUACUCUGCAGUUGAAAGCAUUGCACAGCGCUUUAGUCCCUUGCAGUGUCAGUAAACCUCCUCAAGAUGGCAUCACAAACCUGCAGAAGGCACGCACACAUAGUUCCUGUUCUGUUGACUAAUUAUUUCCAGUGGAUGUGUGCUGUAGAGAUUGUUUUAACAUUCAGAACUAUUCAGGCUUAUGUUGCAGAGUUUUGGAACUAAUCUCUGCUUUAUUCAUAAGGUCUGAUAGGAGAGUCUCUUAAAGCAUUAAAGACCCCAUCCCUUAAUUCCUUACAGAUAUUCCUCUUUCAUUUCAGUUUUUGAUGCAGCUGGUAAGGCAGCCAAACAGCUGAUGGAAAUGUGGGGAAUAUCUCUGGCCAGGAGAAAUGGCUCUUAUUCUUUGUGACACUGAGAGUAUAUCUGGACUACUCUUCAUGUUGGAUCCAUCUCUUUAAGUAUUUUCCCCAGAAUGGUAAUGAGGGUGGUCAUGUUAUUCAUGGCUAUUUUCUUGUCAGUCCGGGCUCAGGCUCUCAGUAACAUCCAACUGAUUUCCAUGACUCAGAUGUUGUUCCGUCAAUGAGGAGAGACAGGGGGGGAGGGUGGACUGGAGUUCAAAUAUGACAGUGUAAAUCACAAAAAGGUUUUUUUUUUUUAUUGUUAACACACUGGAUGCAUCAAAACAUACCAUGCAGUAGUGAUUGCGAAAGUCUGUGUGGAUUCAAUGAACCCAGUGCACACGUUCGUGCUUCACUGACCAGAUACACAAAUGGUCGUGUCUCUUGGAGAGCGUCAGAAUGGUGAAACACAGAUGGGCGUCACAAAUCAAACGGCCGGGCCUUGUUGUCCCCUUUAACCCCCAUUCCAAGAUCUGCAUAUCCGUCCUCUGCCAUUGUCCCAUCUGCACCCGCUCACCCUCAAGUGCCUCGACCAACUUUUUUUCUUUUUUUGUGUACGAGCAUCAACAGCAAAGCCUGCGCAAGGCCCUUUCUUUUUUUGUUGUAUCUAAUGAAAACCAUUCAAGUCAAUCAAGUUUACCAGAGACCAAAGGCCGGUGUAAUUUAGGGAAAAUUGCUUGAAACUCCAAAGUAAUUUUCUGUAAUGCGAUCUUGCCCGUCGAAACACUGGCCGUACUGUAACGUGUCGGAUAAGAGCUCAGUCAUUUUCUUCAAAUGCAGUCCUGACAAGCAGCGCGGAUAUCCACCUGCAAGCAAUCAUCAUUCUCUUGUUAAGUGCUUUGAUAUUAAAAUGAGUGAUUUAAGAGCGCUCGCUGCUAGGAGAUAGCGACUCCAAAACACUUCCAUGUGUUGAUAGGAAGGAUAAGCCGGGUGUUUGGGAACCAUGUGUUGUGUUUGAACGGCCAGUGAAAACACACUAUGGCUAUAAGUCAAGACUUCUCUGUUUCAGGUGAAUAAACAGGCCGUGCAUUGAACAAGAAUGAUGUAAUCAAAGUCUGUUUAAUAAUGACGAGUGCAACGUUUUAUAAGAUUUCAUAUGUGAAUUACUUUGUGAUGUAAACUUGUGCUUUAUUGCAACUUCUAGUGUCACCACUUGGGGGCAUCAUUGGCUAAAACAAUAAAAAAUAAAC